CUGAAUACCUGUGGGAUACUGAGAACAUAGGAUGUUCUACAGGUGAGCUACUGUACAGCCACACGGGUGAUCACUGCCCUGAAGACAGACCUGCCUUCCAGGCAGCUACCACUAGCUGGCUCUGUGAGCUCCAGCAGAGUGCUCUUCCCCCAAAGCCUCCUGGUCUUUCUCUUGAAGCCAAGAGCACCUCAAAUGGUAGUGGUGUGCUUCUAAUGGAGGUGGCUGGCUGUUUCUGCAACAUGGAGCUGGGGUGGGGCAUCCCAGUGUCAAAGACUGCAGAGGGGAUUGCUGCACUGCACAGCUUGCAAGCCUUUCCUGAUGACCAGGAGAGUUCCAUAACCAGGUCUGUAGUUCCCACCUUGGCAGACACAGCCAAGCCCUCAGCCCCAGUCACUUCCCACUCCCUGCUCUCCAGGUACCACCCGGGUCAGUGAGAUACUUGGCAUGGUCUAUCAGGAUGCUGACCUAGAGAAAUGUCUCUAGGCUUCCAUCUGGUUUCAGGUUCCCUUCCUAGAGCUCAGAAGCCCUGGUGACCCCCUCAUGUAUGUGAAGAAAUAGUAGGAAAAUGACCAGGGUCUUGAAGCUCUGGAAAGCACUCCAGCCCUGAGGUUCCUCAAAACUCACUGGCCUGUGUCUCUGGUCCCCCAGAGUUCGCUGGAUGAAGGUCAAGGUGAGAGCCAGGGCAGUGCUAGCCAAUCCUGGAUAGACCCUUGGUCCUGUGCUGCUGAGGUCUCUGCUGUCUCAUGGAGUAAGAGGCCAUCUGCCUGUCAGUGUUGUGGGGUUCAGGAUGGAGAUCUGAGAGAAGGGGAGUCACAGAAAAAGGCGCUCACAGAACAUGGAAGAGAGCUGGCUAGACCCAGAUCUGCCUUGUUCUAGUACAGGUAUGGUGGCCCCUCAGGGGACCAACCUGAUCUAGUUGUUUGUAUAGGUGGCUUGUCCUUGCUGUAAAUAAAAUAGAACUCCAGGUGCAUUCUGACUCUUGGCUUCAGGCCACAAUAUGUGUGUGUGUAUGUGUGUGUGUGUGUGUUUGGUUGUACUGAGGCAGGACAUCACAGUGAAAGUUCAUGGGGAACAGUAAGGAAUGAGACCCCCCAGAAUGCCAUCCAUACAUGAGUCAUGAGCGGAUCAAUCUCCACGUUAGGUCAGUUCUCAUGAACUAGCCAUUGCACAACAGUGCUGCCCAGCUAGAGUGAAGCCUUCAGCAAGAGUGAUACCCGAGCCAGGAACAACCAAAUUCCAGAUCAACAGCACCCAUAUCACAAGGUUGCAACAGUCCAGCCUUUGACCCUGUUUCUCCUUUGCCAUCACAGGAGAAAAUUCCCUCAGUGUGUUGUGAUGGGUGACAGGAACUCAGGAUGGUUUAGACAUGGGGUCAGAUGCCUUUAAUAUUGGAGCAUUGGAGAAGCAGACAGGUCUUUAUGAUUUUGAGGCUAGCCUGGUCUACAUAUUGAAUUUCAGAUCACCCCGAGCUACUCCCCAACUCUCAAACCAAACAACAAAAUAAAACACAACACGGCAAAUGUGAUAUUGCAUGCUUUUAAUCCCUGCAUUAGGGAGACAGAGACAGGUGGACUUCUGUAAGUUCAAGGCCAGCCUGGUCUACAUAAUAAAUUCCAGGACAGCCAGAGCUGCAAAAAUUCAAUAAUACCCAGCCCUUCCUGCCAAGUCAAGAAAAGGCUCUAAGAUGGGGAGGAGCCAGGACUGGCUUGGGACUUGGGGUGUGAUGAUGGUAUCAGGGUGGGUCGGCUUCCCCUGCAGGUGAUCUACGUUGCCCGAAAUGCAAAGGAUGUGGUUGUCUCCUAUUAUAACUUCUACAAAAUGGCCAAGCUGCACCCUGACCCAGGCACCUGGGAAAGCUUCUUGGAGAACUUCAUGGAUGGGAAAGAUGGGUUGAGUCUGCAGCAAGGAGGGGCUGGACCUGAGGGGCACAGCUGCGACUCACAAGGCCUGUGCCCACACCCUCUCCUCUCUCAGUGUCCUAUGGGUCGUGGUACCAGUACGUGAAGGAGUGGUGGGAGCUGAGACGCACUCACCCUGUUCUCUAUCUCUUCUAUGAAGACAUGAAGGAGGUGAGCCUGCUUGCUCCACUUCCUCCUGUGUCACAUCUGCUGGGCAGGAACCUUCCUGGCCCUGUCCUGGCCCUCUGAGCCCCAUCCUCUCCUAGCCCCACAGUAGAACAGCACUUCUGGUCCUACCUCCUGCUCAGGACCACAGCACAGCUCAGCAGAGAAGGCUGCACAGCCCCUAUCUUGCAGUAGGUGUCAGUCAUAUGUGCCACCACUGAUCAGGUGGCUUGCUGCUCUUGCUUCUCCCUGCUUCAGAGGUGCCAAGCCUGGGCACCAGCGAUCAAAGUCUGUCCCUGUCCUCUCCCAGAAGGAACCCACAGUGAUCAUGCCAAGAUGGCGGGGUAGGAAGCCCCCUAUUUUGCCCCAGGGUACGAGGCUCACACGUAAGACACUGGGAGUUAGGUCCUGUCAUGUCCCAGAGGCGCCUCCCCUUAUCCUAGUGAGCACCAGCCCUCUGCUGAAGCAUCCUCUUGUGCUCCAGAACUCCAAAAGGGAGAUAAGGAAGAUUCUGGGGUCUCUGAGAUGCUUCCUGCCCGAGGAGGCCAGGGACCUCAUCAUCUAUCACACAUCCUCGAAGGAAAUGAAGAACCCCAUGUCUACACCACUCUCCUGUCACCACAUGGGCUGCUCCGUUUCCCCUUUCAGGCAUUGCUGGGGACUGGAGAAAACACCUUCACUGUGGCCCCAGUGAGUGCUUUGAUGCCCACUACACUGAGCCGAUGACAGACUGUGACCUCAUCUUUCUCUCGCAGGAGCAGUCACUGCAGACAACUGUUGACACCACGGCUAAACCCACAGUCCACAGUAUGGUUAACAGAACCCUGCCCUACUCCACCUCCUCCCCUUUUUGUUUCUGGAGAACAGCCAGUCCUAGCACUGUUUCCACUUCCUCCCACUUGGGACACAAAAUCUCCAGCUCAAAGACCAAUUCUGCAUUCCCCACAUUGCAAAGCCUACACAAAGAUCCCUACCACUGAGCACCGAGGGAGGCAUGGCUCAGAACCCCAGCAACAUGGAGCCCUUGCGUAAACCACUGGUGCCUGUGAAGGGAAUCCCACUCAUCAAAUACUUUGCGGAGACAAUGGAGCAACUGCAGAACUUCACAGCCUGGCCUGAUGAUGUGCUCAUCAGCACGUACCCAAAGUCUGGUACUACCUGGAUGAGUGAGAUCAUGGAUAUGAUCUAUCAGGGUGGCAAGCUAGAUAAGUGUGGCCGGGCCCCCGUCUAUGCCCGGAUACCCUUCCUUGAGUUCAGCUGCCCAGGGGUCCCCCCAGGUCUUGAAACUCUGAAAGAGACACCAGCCCCACGGAUCAUUAAGACACAUCUGCCCUUGUCCUUACUCCCUCAGAGUCUGCUGGAUCAAAAGAUCAAGGUGAUCUACGUUGCCCGAAAUGCAAAGGAUGUGGUUGUCUCCUAUUAUAACUUCUACAAAAUGGCCAAGCUGCACCCUGACCCAGGCACCUGGGAAAGCUUCUUGGAGAACUUCAUGGAUGGGAAAGUGUCCUAUGGGUCGUGGUACCAGCACGUGAAGGAGUGGUGGGAGCUGAGACGCACUCACCCUGUUCUCUAUCUCUUCUAUGAAGACAUGAAGGAGAAUCCCAAAAGGGAGAUCAAGAAGAUUCUAGAGUUUCUGGGGCGCUCUCUACCUGAGGAGACUGUGGAUUUAAUUGUUCACCACACAUCCUUCAAGAAAAUGAAGGAGAACCCCAUGGCUAACUACACAACCAUCCCAACUGAAGUUAUGGACCACACUAUUUCUCCCUUCAUGAGGAAAGGUACCAUUGGGGACUGGAAAAAUACCUUCACUGUAGCCCAGAGUGAGCACUUUGAUGCCCACUAUGCCAAGAUAAUGACAGGUUGUGACUUCACGUUCCGCUGUCAAAUAUGAGUGGAUAUGGCUAUACUGGGAACCAAGGCAAGCUGACACAGCCCAUCAUGAUCUCAAGAGAAAAAUGUGAUGUGUUCAAUUUAUUUGUUGUAUGCCUAAAGGAAAUCUGAGCUAAGAGAAUAGGACUGGGGAUGUAGCUGAGGCAGAGGGUCUUAUCAACAUGUCAGGAAAGCCAUCAGUCCUAACACUGAAAAAGAACCUAAAGUACAAACAUGCAAAAAUAGUAAGAUAAACUGUAUUUUACCUGAACAAAUAAAUGCCACUGGGAGCUGA